AUGAACCCCCAAUCCCCGGAUUUCAUGCCUCGUUACCAUGACCAGUCAACCGAUCACUGGGCGCUUCCUAUUGACGGUAACACUGAGUCAAACCACCAAUCCCCGGAUUUCCCACCUCGUUACCAUUACCAGUCAACCGAUCACUGGGCACUUCCUAUUAACGGUAACACUGAGUCUGAUGCCUUGUCGGUCCAUGAUCCUUCCCCCAUUAUUCCUCAGUACCCCUCUAUGAAGACCCAGCGUGUUUCUUCUCAGACAUCUUCGAAUUCCAGCCAGCAUGUUCGUGAUCCUGCCGCUCAGGCCCAGCGUCCUAUGCUGGCGCAGCCCAAGUCGCGCGUUGACACCUUUCCGUUGCACCAACGCCUGAAUAACCUCCAGAUUCAGGACAUGGACGAUGGUUCUCAGGUCCUAGAUGCGUACACUCGGAAUGUCGACAAAACUACUAACCCCGCAUCCAUGCCCAUUGGCAGCUUGGCCGCUCUGAAGGGGCCUGCCAAGUGGGGUGUUAUGAAGAUCUCGAAUAUACCUUACAAUCUCACGAAGCAGGAGAUAUUUCAGUUCAUCGGCCGCCAGGCGCGCCCUAUCACUGACGAUAUGGGCUGCCCAAUCCAUAUCAUUAUGGAUAGAUCCACCGCAAAGACCAUGGACUGCUAUGUCGAAUUCAAGACUGUUGAAGAUGCCCAUAACACCGUCGAACGCAUCAACCGUACGACUGGCACUGGACGCGCACCUCGCCUUGGUAGCCGUCAUGUGGAAGUGGAGAUGAGUGACCAGGACGCCCUUCUGAAGGAUCUGUUUCCCCGUGCAAAUUGUAUCGAGUGGGAAUCUGGGAUGCCAAAGCUCCAGCCGAACCGCGACCCUAUCGGUUGCUCUGGGUUCAACGGGUUUAUGACAGGAGAGGAGCUGAUCAUGGCUAUUAGGCACGCUGAGGUCCCUAGUCGUUCCCCGUUUGGAGAGAAGUGCCCUGAGCGUACUUAUGAGUCCACUAUCAGCACUCUUGACAAGUUUCCCUGGUACGCUCCUCGGUUGUACACGGUGCAGGAUAGAAACCGGAUUUUCGACCUCUCAAACAGGCAUAUUUUGAGCCUCUCAUCUCGGAUUCAUCAGAAGACAGUGGGUCUCAGCAGGAAGCUUCUCCAAGAGCUACUCCAUGCCGGCCUGAAGUGUCCUGCAUUCAACGAGCGCCAGAAGUAUACCCUGUGUGUUAACUCGGGAAUUGAGUUGGAAAUCAACAAGCUUUCGGACAUGGCCAAGUGGUUUCCGUUUGAUACUCUGUCCAACAAGCCUGACUUUCAUGAUGCCAUUCACAAGUACUAUGCGGACCUCAUCUCUCAGGGCACCGUUUCGAAGACGGAGAACAUGGGCUUGAUCAACAAGUUCCCACAUGACCUUCCAUAUCUUCGUUCACCGUACGGAAGCAUUUGGCUUGAGUGGUCAGCCUCUGCUGACAACAUCUUGUGGGAAGAUGCUGUCGAAUACGAGCUCAGUAUUUUGCAUGAUCUGGUCCUUCGUGGCUGGAUGAACGAUGACAGGAGUAACAUGUCAAACUUGCAGUACCGACAAACUUCCAAGGAGGUGCCCUCCACUCGUGUUCGCAGUGGAGGCCGCAACUUAUCUAUGUCAUUUGCACCCUCUAAUACCAUGGCAAGCCAGGCUGGGCUGUCAGCUCGCAGUGGCGCGUACUUAACCCCCUCUCGUCGUGCAAGCGAGUCUACUGGCACUGGCAGUAUUUCUGGUCUCAGUGGCCUCAGCGGCACUUGGAAUCAUAAGCUGCUCUUUAUGUCACCCACCGAGACUCGCCCCUAUCGUGACCACCGCCGCACCGAGUCGUCGCCCAUGUGCCUCACACCCAUCACUAACACUUUUGGUGAAGAUAUCACUCGCUAA